AUGAAAAUCCUUGAAAAUUCUUGUCUGGACACGGAAAGCAAACUCAAUGAUGCUGAGGCCUUUUAUCAGGAUUUGUACAUGGAUUGCCUGAACGCCAUGUUGGGACAUAUCAAUCGCACUUUAUCAUCGGAAGAUACUGCACAGAUUAUGGAGUCAAUAGAUUAUGAUGAUAUCUUGGAUGACGCCCGUCCAACACCCAAAGAGAGUAGCCCAGAUCUAGAAGGCAUUGGCUAUGAGAUACGUUACCUCCUUGUGUCCCAUCCAAGCUGUCGGGACAUUAUCCACCAGGUAUUCAAUGAAGCUAUCCAUUUGGCAAAGUUCCCAACACCUUGGCAGGCCUCGUGUACCGUCAUUCUACACAAGGUGCCAAGAGUGACCUCGCCAACUAUCGGCCCAUCGCACGUAUUGCAGCUGACUGCAACGUUUUUACCCGAAUAA